AUGACUGUCCGCAGGAUAAGCUCGUCUGUUCGCCCCAAUGUCGGGGACGAUGAUGUCUUUACCACCCAGCCUCACACCCGAACCCUUCGUCGCCGCUCAAGUCGCCUGUCAAAAUGGUUGGAGGAUUUGCGGGUUGAAUCCCCCACCGUCCAGCAGCUGGAUAUUUCUGCUGACACGGAAACCGUUGGAACUGAGUGUAAUCCUUACUUGGCGUACCCUCAUCUCAGCCCAGCUACUGUUCGUCGAAGCAUGGAUGAUGCUAGAAGUAUGCAUGAUUAUGUCGUAGUCAAUGACGGCGACGUGCAAGAAUAUGUCCCUCCUGAGGAGCCCACGGAUGUAAAGGGGUCACAUGGCCCACCAACGCUUGCAGAUACUAUGAGUCCAAGUCACCGAUCAACCAUAUGGCUUAAUACCCCUCCAUCUCAGCAUCACUUCCAUCAACCAGUUAUAUCUUCUUCCCCCGCCGUAUCUUCGACGUCUCACAGUCCAUCACGUGUGUCAAUGUUUCAGCGCUCGCAUGUCACUUCCAACUCGGAGGCGAUCAAUCCUUAUCAUCACAGUCGCUCCUUAAGCCUUCAGACGUCACAUCCUGUGGCUGAAGCUCGGUCGGAGGAACGUGGUAUACAUUCGAACCCCUCAUCGUGGCGGUGGCGACCGAGUGUGUUGGGGCACUUCGUGUCCCUCUCAGACGUCGAUACACACUCCAGUACUCGUGACUCCCCAGGUAGUUCUCGCCCCAGCAUGUCCUCAACAACCACGAGUUCUUCAUACGCAACCCCAUCCACCAACAUCAUGUAUGAGGAUGGAGCAUCGUAUGUGCCCCCAUUAACUCCCCAAAAAUCAAACUUCUUUGGAUCUUUGAGGUCACGUUCCCAGAAGGCCGUGACGUCCUCACUAUCCCUUUUCAAAACUGACACGAGUUCCUCAUUUCCGACGUCAUUCUCGUCGCCUGCAUCUGAACCAGAGCUCUCCCAGCCACCAGGUUUUCCAAGCACCUUGGCACGGAAGUCAAGCACGAUUCGGUUACCCUUCUCGCCAAAAUCAAGGACCCCGCUGGAUAGUAACCUUCCCAAUAUCUUUGUGGAAGCGCCAGACGGUACGCGACCGCGCAUUGUGUACACCGGCAAAAGCCAUGCUCCGAGAGUCUCUUUAUCGUCCAUAGGCAGUCAGUCGCGAAGCACCAAGAAGAAGUUGGUCAUUGCUGGUAUCGCGCGCAAUGACGUCAAACGUCUUGAGGCCGCUCAAAAGUGGUGUCAGUCAUUUGGCGAAGUGGAUCAAAUCACGAGGAUGCCUAACGGCGAUCUCCAUGUGAACUUCCACAAGGCUGAAGUCGCAGAAACUGUGUGUCGUGUGCGUGCCAAAGUCUACAUCGCGGGUGUGGGCAGCGUGCAUCUUUCUUGGUUUUCCGGAAAUAAACGACCUUAG